ACCAAGAGAGCUCGAGGCGUUCACCAAGCGAUCUUCGUUAUCGCCGCUCUCGCUACCUUGCUUGGCAUCACUUGUCUCAUCGAUUGGAUCGCGUCCUGGAGGGCUGAAUUACGUCGUCGAUCGAGUAGUAUCUGUCGCGUCAUCGGCAUGGUUGGAGGCAGCCCCAUGCAGGCCGUGCUGAUGGCCCCCGGCGUGAAGGACAGGAAGGUGCUCGCGUUCAAGCGCGACGCGCUCAAGGAGAAGGACGCCGUCACCAGCCUCAUCCGCUCCAUCGUCACGUCCAGCCCCGACCAGCGGAGCGCCUUCUACGUCUUCGACCUAGCCAAGGUCGUCGACCUCUUCAGGACGUGGCGCCGCGCGCUCCCCGACGUUCGCCCCUGCUACGCCGUCAAGUGCAACCCCGACCCGGCGCUCCUCGGCGCGCUGGUCGCGCUCGGCGCGGGCUUCGACUGCGCCAGCCGCGCCGAGAUUGAGGCCGUGCUCGCGCUCGGCGUCCAGCCCCGCGACAUUGUAUACGCCAACCCAUGCAAGGCCGAGGCGCACAUCGAGUACGCCUCGGAGGUCGGCGUCAAUCUCACCACCUACGACUCCGAGGAGGAGGUCGCCAAGGUCAAGCGCUGCCACCCCAAGUGCGAGCUCCUGCUCCGUCUCAAGGGCCCCGAGGGCGGCGAGGUCAGGGUCGACCUGGGGACCAAGUACGGCGCGCUCCCCGAGGAAGUGGCGCCGCUCCUUCGCGCUGCCCAGCGCGAGGGGAUCAACGUGGCCGGCGUCUCCUUCCACGUCGGGAGCGGCGCGUGCCGCUUGGACGUGUACCGCGAGGCCAUCGAAGCCGCGCGCGCGGCGUUCGAUGCAGCCGCCGCCCUCGGCAUGCCGCCCAUGCGCGUCCUCGACAUCGGCGGCGGCUUCGUGGCCGGCGCCACGUUCGACGAGGCGGCGACGGUGAUCAACGGCGCGCUCGCUGAGCACUUCGGCGACCUGCCGUGCGUGGAGGUGAUCGGCGAGCCGGGGCGGUACUUCGCCGAGUCGGCGUUCACGCUCGCCGCGCGCGUCAUCGGAAAGCGCACGCGCGGCGAGGUGCGCGAGUACUGGAUCGACGACGGCCUCUACGGCUCACUCAACUGCAUCAUGAUGGACCACUACGUGCCGCACCCGAGGCCGCUGGCCAGCCCGCGCCCAGGCGAGAAGACGUACACGUCCACGGUGUUCGGGCCGACGUGCGACUCGCUCGACGUGGUGGUGACUGGGUACCAUCUGCCGGAGAUGAGCGUGGGGGACUGGCUCGUCUUCGACGACAUGGGCGCCUACACCACCGGGGCCGGCUCCAACUUCAACGGCUUCGCCACGUCGGACAUAAAGAUCUACGUGGCAUACUCCAGCUGAUCGAGAACGACGACGUCUGGAUUGAUAUGGACACUUUCAUUUAUUGUGCGUACGAAUAGUAUACAAAAAAUACGCUGUAAUAGGCUCGUAUACAAGCGUAGAUACGUUGCAGAUUUGUUUUACCUUUUCUUUUCCUUUUUAAAAAUAAAAAUGCACCAUUUUCUUCAAGACUUGAUUAUCAUUUUACAUGUAUCAAUUGCCAAAACGAGAAUA